AUGAUCACCGACGCCUCGGUCGAUAAGUUCAAGGAGUGCGACAAGAACCUGUGCACCGUCAGCAUCAACCUCCACGAUACGUACAAGUACGUCAUAACCGUCAUGCCCAUGGCCAGCCACGUUGUGCUGAGCUACAAGACGCUCCAGUACAAGGUCCCGCCCGCCGACGACAAGGCCUACGGGGACCUGAUAGACUUCCUCACAAAGGCCAUAGACGGCGAGUGCUGCCAGGCUCUAGACGAGGACAUCGAGCGCGGGGAGUACUGGCCCGACCGCGAGUGGGAGCACGCCUUUUGCUGCCUGAGGGUCCACUGCCACGGGGUGCAGGUGUUCUACCACAAGUAA